AUGGGUUGCAAUUCUCCCUCGAAGCCAACCAAUUCGUUAUUCAGCAUGAAACUUCUGGUCCUUACCACUCUGCUGGCCGUGGCGAACGCCGCUCCUGGUCUCCUCGAUUACGGACUGGGCCACACCGCUCCGGCCAUCAGCUACGGCCAUGCUCCUGCCAUCACCUACGCUGCAGCUGCUCCCGUGAUCAAGUCCUAUGCUGCUCCGGCCAUCAGCUAUGCUGCAGCUGCUCCAGUGAUCAAGUCCUAUGCUGCUCCGGCCAUCAGCUAUGCUGCAGCUGCUCCAGUGAUCAAAUCCUAUGCUGCUCCGGCCAUCAGCUAUGCCCACGCAGCCCCCGCCAUCAGCUAUGCCCACGCAGCUCCUGCCAUCAGCUACGCCGCUCCCACAGUGGUCAAGUCCUACGCCGCGCCUGUGGCAGUGGCUGCUCCAGUGGUCAAGGCGGUGGCAGCUCCGGCCACCAGUUACUCCCACUUUAGCUCGGUCGUUAACCACGCCACGCCCAUCAUCAAGUCGUACGCCGCCCCAAUUGCCACGCCCAUCAUCAAGUCAUACGCUGCCCCGGCUAUAAGCUAUGCCGCUCCCACAGUGGUCAAGUCCUAUGCCGCCCCAGCCAUCAGCUACGCUGCUCCCACGCUGUUGAAGUCCUAUGCCGCUCCAGCCCUGUCUCUUGGCGGUCACGACGACUACUAUGGCUAUCACUAA